CGUCAGAGGGGCUGUUUUGUAUUGAUUACGGAUGGGUUGAACAGUUUUAGAAUACGAUGUAAAGUAAAAGUAGGAAUAAUAUUGACAACAGAGAAAUAAGAACGACCUUUUCUUUCACAGCUUCAAGAUGUAGAAACGAAUAGCAUCUAAUUUCGACCGCAGCUACACCCGAGUCUUUUUGUAACUACAAUGGUACUAUUCAAUAUGGACACCAUGGAGAUCGAGCCCCGCCCAGCAUUUUUGAACCAAACUACCAAAUUGGAUGAAAUUGCAAUGGACAAAAAUUUCUUUUGGCUUUUGUGUUCACUUUUGUCAUCUGUUGUUUGGGUUGUUUAUAUCACAUAUUAUAAUUCAAGAGUAAUUGGUUAUUUCAUCACACGACUCUUGAAUCGCUUUAUCACAGAUGGAUACAUGCAUGUGGGAUCAUUUACCUGUAAUGCUUUGGCUGGAAAAAUAAUGUUCAGAGACAUUGUUUACAUAACACACGAUUAUACUGUAAGAGUCCAAGAUGGCUGGCUUAUAUUCCGCUGGUGGAGAUCAUAUGUGCCAAAAGAUGUAUCUGAAGAUUUGUCUCACUCGGACACUCGUUUGUCAGUAAUGCUGAACGGCUUUGAACUCCAUGUUUACAACCGUACCUCAUUGUAUGGCAAUCUUGAAAAAAUUUUUGGUUUGGAGUCACAGAUAUUUCAGCGAAAUGAAACCAAUGGUUCAGAUACAGUGGACAUUGCAGUUGGGGGAUCUGCAGAUGAGACCGGUGCUCCAGGGGAUAAUAAUAGCAGACUGCCACAUCAAACUGCUGGUUUGUCAAACAGUUGGAGAGAUCUUAUUCCUGUAAUCAAAGUCGAUGUUACAUGUGGAAGAGUUGUUUUUGGUAACCGACUUGUACCUACUACAUUGUCUAUUAAUGUUGAAGAAGCACACUUCGUUUAUUCUACAAAGCCAGCAGCAUCCCGUUUGGAUCAUUUUAUGCAUUUCAUCAAAUGUAAAGGAGAAAAUUUCAAGGUUAUAUUGGCGCCAAGUCCAAAAUAUACAGGAAUGGUAGAUGACCCUCCACGUUACAUGGGGGAAGGAUUUGUGGUAUUAUCCUCUAACAAUAUUGAGCUGUAUUUUUACAUGGAUGAAGCAGGUUUAGUUCCAGAAGAACCAGAAAUGCUUCAAUUGGCCAAUGGGGAUAUUGUUGAAUCGGCACCACCAAUUUGGGGGAUGGACAUAAAGUGUGGCAAGGGAACAGAUUUCAGUUAUGGUCCGUGGGCUGAUCGCCAGAGAGAGCAUCUAUUUAAAUUCUUUUUCCCUGCUGACUACCAGCCUUUGCAGGUAACAAAGCCGCCACAACCAGGUGAGAAGAGAAGGGCUCAGUCAUUUGACAUAAGGCUCAGCACACUUAAUGAAGCAACUGUCGAUAUUCUAUUUUCAAAGAACAAGGAGACCAAUGCUGUCCAUAUCAAUGUUGGAGCCGGUUCAUAUCUUGAGGUGACAAUGCCAUGGGUUAUUCAACCAGAUGGCUACACUACAAAAAUAAUUGGCCAGUUGUUGCACUUAGAAGCUACCACAAGCUUACAGUAUCGUAGUCUUGUCUUAAGCGAAACAUUGGAAUUCACUGUGAAGUGCCAUUAUCCUAUCAAGUGGAAUGAUCAUCAAGAAUGGAUACUGAAUUUGACAGGUUGUAAAGCAUCAGUGAACCUUAUCUAUGCACAUAAGUGGUUCUUUCAAGACCUUAUAAAUGACUGGGCGAGCAAGGCAAGGCCUGAUCUCUUACAUUUUGUGCCAUAUACGUGGAAGAUCUCUGUGAUGUUGAAAGAGUUUGAACUUAUAACCUUAAGUAAUGAAUACAAUUGGAUUGAUUGUUCUUCUCAAAAUCAGGAAAAUGCACACAUUGCUUUCUGUGGCGAGUUAUUUGACAUGUCCUUUGAUUUACCAUUCAAGGAUUUUCUUCCAGCAACAAUACCACUCAAGUUCUGGAUACAGGGAGAGAGUGUGGAUUUGGCUCUGUAUCUUCCUGAGACAUCAACCACACGUUACACCCUCUUAGCUCUAGAUGCCAAUGCUAAAGUUCUUGGGCGCAACGGAACAAACCAGUCCAGUUCAACUGUUAUACCUCGCAAAUGGAGAAAUUUGUGCCAGAAAGUCCAUGGCUGGGUUGAUUGCUGGUCAGUGCCCAUAGUAGCUCUUUGCAUAAACUACACUUAUCAUCCAGUACCACCUCUUGGGCCUCCUCCACAGGCAGACAUAACCACUCCAGAAAAGGAGGAGAUACUGCUCUCUCCAAUGAGAAUUCCACGCUGCAGGAAAUCACCUGGUCUUCAGUGGUCACAGGAUGGAAAGAAAUUUGACCCAACUACAUUGCCACCUGAUAAAGUAACUGUAGAGCUGGAAAUAGGAUCUUCUGUGCUGUUCCUUUAUGGAUCAUGGCUUAGGAAUUUCAUACAUCUGAAGGAAAAUAUUUUUGGAGAAGACCAAGCAUUUACAGAUAUGCACCAGAGUCAUUUGUCAUCUGUUGUUCCUGAAGCAGCAUCUGCUCCUGGUGGAAGUGUUUCUGACCCUGCAGCAGGCGACAGUGAUUCCAUAAAGCAGAGAGAAUUUGAUCCAAGGCAAUACAGACCUCUUGAGGUUUCUGUUUCUGUCACAAUGCAUGAUAUCCAGGCUCAUCUGGUCAAGAAUUGCAGUGAAGGGGAUCCUCCAUGUCCCAUUAUACUACUGGAAAGAUUUGGGUUUGAAAUGAAGAAAAGUUACAAGGAAACACAACUACAGCUGCUGCUUUCCCCUUCAAGUUUGCUUGCUUUGGACACUGUUAGCCGAUCACCAAAGGAAACUCAUAUUGCUCAAGGGCAUCUUAUGCUCUCAAGUUUACAGGUUCGUGGUCAUGCAAUGUUCAGUGAUGAAGGACGCUCCCUCGAUGAUGAAACCUUGGAAUAUGCAUGGAUGUUGGAAAUUCAGUUGGGAAAGCUUAGUGGAAAACUGUCUUCACCACAGUUAUACCACCUUGUUACUAGUCUUGAGACAUUUGCGCUGAUGGUGAAGGAUGCAGAGAAUCACUUGAGACCUUCCCGCUCACCACCUCAUAUGUGCCAUCAUGGUGUUCCACCUCUACAGUGCCCAGAGACAGAUGUGGAGAAUCGAUAUCUGUGUCCGUCAGGAGACCAGAUUAAAUAUCGAAUGAUCAGACUGGCUGUGGAUGCUCUGGACAUUUACCUUCUUGAGAGUGGCACUGCAAUAAAUCUCUGGGCUUCUCCAUUGCGCUUAGCUACAUGCAAUCUCCACGGCAGUCAGGUGAAGUCUGGUGUAACAGCUGUUCUACCUGCUGUACAAAUUAAGCAGUAUGUAUCGACAGGAGGUGGUUUCAGUCACAGCAACACCAACACUGCUGGCAGUGGCCGAUCACAGCAUAAUGGUUCUAAAUUUCCGUCAGUUGACAGCACGUCAAUGGAACUGUGGCUAGAAGUUGGUUCUGUUACAUUGGGCCCUCUUAUUAUUGAAGCUGCAAUGUCUCUACCGACACCAGAUCACAAUCUGCACCUUAUUCAACACAAGUAUUUGAGAGUCCAUGAUGAAUCUACCAAGAGAUUGUGGUUCUUGUGGUCUGGUGAUACAUCAACAAGAUCCAUGGGAAAGUGUGGAUGCAUUGGUGGUUGUGCAUUCUUUGGCAGCAAUCGCAAUGGACCAAGGUUCUUCAAACCAUGCAAACAAGAUUUCCAGGAUGGGAUUAAUGUAGCUUCUUUCAGGAUUAAUGAGCCAGGACACGAUCCAGGAUUUGGACAGAGCAUAUUGCAUGAAGGUCAGUUGGUGUUCCAUACACCACCAUAUGGAUCCCAAGAUGUUUCAUUGCAGGAGCCAGCAAAUGGAUGGGAAAUUAAACCAGGACCAUUGAAGGUUGUGGCAGCAGUGGAGCGCAGCAGUGAAAGUCCUAAUCUGGUUGCUGAACGAUUUUGUUCAGAAGCAAAGGACAGUUCUGUGGGUGCUAACAGUAGUUCGAGGCUGAGCACUGCAUCACCCAGCCCCGUUAGUACAUACAGUGACAAACGUGGACUCGGUCGUCGCUUCUCAUACACUUCAAGUGGGCCUAAUAGGGCUAGUGCUAGCUGUCAUCAGGCAGUCCCAUACUCCCGACUUGUGGACAACAGCCCUACGCUGCUGUUGCCUCCUAAAUUGGACAGUGACUCAAAGCUACACCAUCCAGAAAGUAGCAAGUCAAUCCUAAGUGUCCCUGAGGCAGAGGCACCUCCAAAGAGUAGUGUUUCUGAUUCCCGGUUGGCUGUUGAUUAUUUCACAACAGAUGAAGAAACCCAACAGUCCACUUCAGAGCAGCAUGAUGCAGCAGUACCAAAUGUUUCAUCAGAAUCACGCCAGUCAUUAACUGCUGAUGCAGCUGAAGAAAUACUGUGCAAAGAAGUCCAGCGAACUGUUUCAAUGAGCAGUGAGAAUCACUCUGAAGCAUUUUACUCUGCUGAUGAAGAAACUGGUGCCACAGCCAGUCGCACAUCUUCUCUGAGGCAUUCCGUCAACCUGCCUCGGCGUGAUAGUAGCAGUAGUGCCACAACUGGAAGAAAGAAAUAUUCGAGUGAACUUAAUAUCGUUCCUGCACCCACUGGUGUCACUUCUGUGGCAGCUGGUACAGUUGUAGUGAGCACAGAAGGAAGGGCAAGGCUAUCUAGCCACCGUAGUGACCAUGAAAUUCAUACACCAGAACAUCGUAAUCAGUAUAUGGGAGUUUCAGGUGAUGAAGAUAAAAGAAGUGUUAGUGGAAUCCAUCCUAUCAUAACACCCCAUAAAAAGUACAACAGCAGUUUACCCAUAUCCACACAUCAGAGAUCUGUCAGUCCACGUUACUUUGUUCACAGUGGACCAGAAAGUUUGAACGACAGACUUAGCACUAAUGAUGGUCUAGAAGUCCCUGAACAUGAAGCCAUUAUCCCUGAUUCUUCUGACAGCCAUUCUGUGUCUAGUACAUCAUUUAUUUCAGCUGUCUCUUCGCAAGAAGAUUUGACAUUGGUUAAUUUGCAUAUGCAAGUGAAUAAGCCUAUUGUGGAUUCACCACUGCUAAUGUCAAGUUACAUUAGUCAUCUAUCACAGGUCUCAUGUAGAAACUGGUCACAUGCAUCUCUCCCAUCAGGCUGCGAUGCAUUUACAGUCCCACUGUUCCAGCGGACAGAGGAUGGUCGUCUCAUUUAUGUUGAUGCUGAUAGGUUGCAUCCUGUAAUGGGCAAGAACAUCUGUGCAGGUAGUAAGUAUACACCAAAAUUUGAAACUUUGACAGAAGGAUUUACAUCUCUUAAAAUGGUGGGUCGUCCAAAUGAACAUGGUUCCCCUCCUCCACAAAGUGGCAAAACACCAACUCAUCCAUACACCUGGGACAGUAGCACAUUUAUGGGCUCAGAAGCAGAUGAUUUGGAGAGUGGUUGUGAAGAAGAACUGUUAACUCUUCAACAUGAGUAUGGCAAUCGAACGACCGUUAUACUGAAGCUGAAGGGGGAUGUUGACAUUAUGCUAACACCACUUGUCCUAGAAUCUCUGCAGAGAUUCACUGAUGCACUGACUCCAACGCUUUCAUCUCUUCAUCCUCUAACAGUAUUAAAUCAUUUGCAUUCUGAGUGCAUAGGAAGAGUAGAGGCUGCAAAUGUUUUGAAUCGUGAUGGGUACUUCAGCCAACAUUUGCAAGCGAGCAGCAAACGGAGCACGGCAGAACGACCUGCUGGUGUCACUCCUCAUGCAAAAAAUGUGUAUGAAGAAUGCAUUUCUACUCAGGCACAGGGCACUCUUAUCCUACCAAAGGUCAAUAUUACUUUGCUUCAAGCAUCUGUUGUUGAGGAAAUUAUUUCAUUUUCAGCUCUCGAUAAUUUACGUGACUUGACAUGUGUAUCACUGUUUGCGGUCUGCUUUGACAGCAUUACUACAAGAUUUCAUUGUGGGAAACAGGCACGAGAGAUGGUUCAGACAUUCCAACGACCCUCUGUUCUGCCAAGUGGACAGAAGAAAGUGAGUGGCAUCAGCAAGAUGAAUAAAGCCCUCUUCCCAGGUCAUUCGACACCAGGCACUGCAACAGAUAUUCUGGGAGGAGAUCCAGUUUAUAUAGAAACAUCAGAGACUCAGCAGGAAGAACUCAUUGUAACACUUUCAAUAGGAAAGAUACAUACACAGCUACGCAGGCUGAAAAAUGAGAGCUCCAUUCUGAAGGAUGCAGUAAUUACAGCUAUACCAAGUCAGUACUCCCGUGUGUUAUUUACAUGUGCAAAGAUUACAUCUCCUCUUCGACCUGUUGAUUUCUACAGCCAUCAUUUCUCAGCAGAAUCAACAGCAGAUACUGGCCGCCCCAGUACAACUUCAAGCAACACUGAGGAAAUAAGCACUGCAAAUGAAGACAAACUUGGGUUUAUUAUGUUUGAGUGUGGUCUCGAAGGUGUCUCUCUGAAAGUAAUAAAGAGGGCACUUUUUGAAAAAGGAGAAAAUGGCAGAGAUCAAGCAACAGCACAGGGAGAGACGGAUACAGUUGGCAAUGAAUCUUCCAAGUCAAAAGAUGAUGUAGAAUCCAACGAGAAGAGUACAGCAAAUGUCACAGUUACUGUUACGGAACCACCCGUUACUGGUCAGGCCUCAGGAACAAAAUCUGUGAAAGGUGCAAACAAUAUGCCUCAGUCAACUGACACAGGAACAGGUGCAGAGACCAGCACUAACGUUAACAACAAUACAGACAACAAUAAGGUCGCUGUCUCACCUGAAGCAAACGGAAAUACAUCCUCAUGUGUUAUUGAAUUCAAAACUGUUUGGUUCAACUUUGCUGCACCUCCGCAUGCACCUAUUACUCGAAAAAUAGACUUUACUAGAUUGGACUGGAAUUUAUUGAGCACUGCAUCACCUGCAAUUAAUGCAUGGAUGAACCCAAGCAAUCGGUUUGCCAUUAGAGUGGUCCAUAUGGUGCGCAGUAUGUAUCGCCGCUCGACAGGCGUUGUAGCAAGUCUGAUGGCUGAUGCCGUAGAUGUUCGGGGAAUUCAUAUUCCUGUUAGAAGUCGUUAUGGGCGUUACACACCAUUGUCAAAGACAUUGCAGGAAGAUCCAUCCUGUCAGCUUUGUAAUGUUCUGCAGAAGUACGUACUACAGACAGAUUUGACAAGCAUAGAAGCCAGUCUUCGGGAAAAUGAACUGCCUAACCUUUCUACACUACGGCAAGGUGUCAUUGUCUUGAGCCGCCAGUGGAAGAAUGUGCUGUAUACACCUUUACUUCUGGAACACAAUUAUAAAACAAAAUAUGUGAAGCCUCUCAAUGUAACUUUCACUGUACCCGAACCUGAUGAGGAAAAUGUUCUCACAGAUGGAGAGGGAUCAGGGGAGGAAUGUGAGGUGACAGAUGAAUGUGCUAUGCUUCUUAACACGAAGGAUGCUUCUCUUCAUAAGCAUAUUAGAUCACAAGAUAAAAGCACUGGUUAUGGACCACUUCGUGAAGAAAGGCUGCCACAUGUGGGCUCCAACCAGAGCAUUUAUUCUGGAGGUGGUGUGGCAGGUCAUGGCGGAAGUGGCAAGGCUCAUUCUACAACAAGCCUAGACAACAAUUUUUCACCAACGGGAGCAAACACUUCUUCUGCACCAGGACGGCAAAGUAUAAAAGAAGCUGGGGAAGACCUUUAUAGCUGGAUGGCAAAACAGCAAGAUUUUAUGAAAACAUCUUCAGAAACUCAGCAGAAUUUGCGUACAGGAAACUGGGAAUCUCGUAUCAAUACAAUGACCACAGAUGAUACACUGGAGGAUCCUGAAUAUCAGAGUGGAGCAGGAUAUAGUUUGUAUCCAAUGCAUGACUCCCUGCGUCUCUUGGAUGCUCACCUGAUAUUUGAACCUCUCUUGGCUUGCCUGGGAGUAAUGCCCCAGCAGAUGAUAAGCAAUCUCAGUGGGACUGGAACUAAUGGCAGUUCAUCUUUCGACACACUUGGCUCCAAUUUAUCAUUGGUUGGGAAUGUUGAAACAAUGAGAAUUGACAUUGUUGUGAGUGAAUAUGGGAAAUUUGCUGACAAGAAGAAGGGGAAAGGUGCUGGACAAGGAACAAAACAAGUGAAAAAUCAGAUGCACUCAAAAUUUUGUCUCGAUUUGCCACCUGAGACACCAGCAUUCCUGUGUGAGAAGAUUGGUGUUGAACUUGACCUGAAGAAAAUGGCUGACAUGACAGUUGAUGACAUGAUUCAGAAGCAGAAUGUUUUGUACAUUUCCAGAGGCCAACUAAAAAAACACACCAGUAAUAUCCUGAAUAUCAGCCUAAAUAUACGCUACAUAUCACAGCAGGUAAACAUGCCUCUCCUGAGACUCUUGCAUCAAAUCAGUAACAUGUACCAGAAUGUGAAAGAAACACAAAUGGAACUAAAAGAGGAACAGCAGCCUGUUGAUCUGAAACAUGAGCCUUCAGUCAAUAUGACUCACAAAAAUAAUGGAUCAUCAUCAACAUCUGACCUCCAUGAACCUGCAGCCUUAAUUGAUGAAAAAAUAAAAAUACCUCAGACAAUGAUCCCUCCUGAAUUUCCACAUUCAUUGAGUCAGCACAAGACGAUCUCCCCUUCAGCGUCUCUACGAUCCAGGCCUCAGAGCUUCGCCCAGAAACUACGCUCCACCAGUAAGAGUGUUAAAGGAUAUAUAAACUUGAACGAAGGAGUGACAACUCCUAUGUUUGCUGUUAGUCCUUCUGGAUCAGGCUUGGAACAUGUCACUAUUGCUUCAGAUAAAAGUAAAGACUGCAUAAAUGCCACUCCUCAGUGUUGGAAAACAGUUUAUUAUCUACUGGAUCUGUAUGCCACAAUGCCUGAAACCAAGACAAUUACUCACAGGUUUUCAGUGCCAGCUGAUGUAUCAGAAGGAUACAAAGGAAAUAGAAAGUACGACUUACUGAUGGAAGCAAGGGCCAAUGAAGAUGUAGAGAAAGGCCUUGUGAAUGGUGGUUCUGAACACUUGGCAAGACUAACACCUGUACAGCAGGACAGAAUGAGAGAACUGAAUGUGGUGACUGGUGAAAGGACUCGUCUUGUAGUGUUUGGUGUGGCAAGGAUUCACCGUACCCGCCUCCUGGCAACUCUGAGUGGACUGAAGUUAGAAGCAGAGAUAACCAGUCUACAUGCAAGUCUGACAUGCCGUAAAAAGUCUCGUCCUGCAAGCUUUGAAUGUUCUUUAACUGGGCACGUUGGUCGUACAAUGAUAGUACUGCUUGAAGGUGUUGCUCCAAGUCAGCAGACAGUGGUGAAAGUGACUGUAGGAAAGUCUCAGGCACUUUACUCAAGCAUUUCUCGACGCUCAAAGGACAAGAAUUCUGGUUUGCUUACAGUGGGGGCUGUAAAUAUUGACAUCCCACAACAUCCUGUAGCAUUGCAUGGAAUGAUGACUAGAGGAAGCAAGCAGCUUUCUUCUACAUUACAGGAGUUGCGUGUGACAAGAACUUCUAGUCGUAUAAGCCGGGGAACUGCAGGAGUGGAUGAACCUGACUGCACAAACCAGCAUUCCCCACGGCACAUGCACACCACAUGGCAGGCUACAGCUCAGCAGCCACCCUCAUAUAAGAGCCAGACAGAGUCCAGUUUGUUGCAGCCUCUUGUGAUGCAAUUUUCUAUUGUGCUACAGAGUUUGAGUAUUACUGCCGCCUUGUUGCCAUCACUGCAAGCCCAGUAUAAGAUGGAUCGAGUUAACAGCACGGGUAUUACAGGAAGCAAAGCAAAAUUCACUGUAGAUCUUCCACAUCACACCUUAAGUUUCACUACCAAACUCCAGGUAACAGAGGCUAAUCUGCCAUCAGAAGCAAGUAUUGAACUGCCAAAGGUUCAUGUCUCAGCCGAAUAUGUGCAAGAUGGUAACAAUGCUGGGGAGGCACAGUUUGCAGAUGGCGUUGUGCUGAGGCAAGGCAGCUAUUUAAGUGCUGUUGCAGCAAUUGGGGAAUUUGAGCAUUCACUAACAACAGACCUAUUGAAUCAUCUUGUUUUUGUGCAGAAAGUUUUUAUGAAGGAAGUAAAUGAAGUUGUUCAGAAAGUGUAUGGUGGGGAGAAGCCUGUUCCUCUGUGGCUUGAAGGAAGCGAAGAGACAAAUUCUUCAUCUCUUAAAAGAAUACUCUUCUCUUUAGUGAUCAGGAUAAAACGUAUUCAGUUAACAGCAACUACACCAACUAACUCUGCUGUUCGCCUUGAGACAGGAGCUGUGGAAUUCCAACUGUCUAACAGAGUACAAAAUGUCUCGGGUGCUGCUCAACCAAAUCCUUACAUGAAAAUAUUUGGAAAGGCACAGGUUGAUGUCAAUUUGAGUCUAGGGCAGCUUCUGAAAAAUGUCAUGUUUGAAGAAGCAGAACCCGAAUUUCAACAGUAUGCCUUCUUCAAGACAAGAAUAGGCCUGAGGAAUGCAUUCCAGGAUGAAAUGGUUCAAGGGGAGGACAAGGAGAUGGUACUGAUCACCCUUAGACGACCACUUAUCUACAUUCAGCCUAUAGCUGUGGAUAAAGCAAUUCUUGUAUGGCUGAAUUACAAAAAUGCUUAUGAAUACUGGAAUGAACAGAGGUCAAAUCUUAACAAGGAAGUACUUACAGCCACACAGCAGGUUUUUGAAAAAGUGCCUUUUGGACAACUGACAAGUCAGCUAAGCACUCCGCAUUUGGGCACACUAUUUUUGCAACUAACUGUUGAUGACAUGGGUAUUUGCCUGCCAUUAAAUCCAUUACCUUUGACUUCUUGGGGGAUGAACCGCACAUUGUAUGAUGGUGACUCAAGAGGAGCUGUAGUGGUGACUCUAGAAAGCACAAGCAUUUCAGCUUGUAGCUCUGGUUCACUUGUGAGCAAAGGGCGAUUCGUGGGCUUGUGUCUUCGCUUUGCAGAUGAUUUUGAAACAAGCCUUGAUGACUGGAAGCCUGAUAUGAGUGACAGCACUAUAAUGAAUCUGUGUGUGGUGUCUGAGGGAACCUAUGAAGUCUGCAGUCGCACAAUUGCACAGAAACAAGGCAGUGAAAAUGCAAAAUGGUUUUUAAAUGUGCAGUGGCAAAUGGAAGGUGUAGAUAUUCAUCUUGACGUUAAUGUUGGAAAACAGUUGUCAGCAUUGGGACAUACAUUAACAAUGCUCACAGGCUCACAAGAAGAAGAUGAAGCAAAUGCAACAAGCUAUGACAGUGAUGAAACUGAUCAGGUUGAUGGAAAUACAGCUUCACUUGAGAGCAUAACUCUCAAGCGAAGUCGGAAUUUAACUGACAGCUUGCCUGCAUUUGUGUUCGACCCAUCAAUUGAUGCUAAGAAAAGGUCGAAGUUAAUAGAAAAGGAGAUGAAUGAGCAGGCAAAAAUAAUAAAUGACUUAAGAUCACUGGGUGCUUCUCACGGUACAAUUGAACAAGAAAUGAAAAGACUGCAAGAACUUGAAGCAAUGGUUUUCAAGGAUUUCAGAAGGGAUAUGAUACAGAAGUUAAGGAGGCAGAGUGUGAAAGCAUCAUCAAUUAAAGGCAAAUUUGGUCUUGGGUCAAAAGCAAGUACCUACCGCUCUCGAUCAUUCAUUGUUCCAUCUCCUACACCAGAGCACCAGGUGGAGACAGACAGCCCAGAUGAUGCAGCUGUUAUUUUGGUUGCUAAUGGGAGCUCUGCAAGCUUUGAAAGCUCACCACGCACAGGUCCCUCACGUUCAGCAUCACUAAGAGUGCGUGGUAUAACUGGACCAAGGGUGACUUUUAGUGACACACACAACAUCUGCAGGCAGUCUUCAUUACCAAGUGCCAGCUCAGACUUGAGUCUUCCGGAAGGAGAUUUUGAGUGGCCACGUCCAGAACACAUUGAAGUUGAUGGUGAAAUUGUGGAGCUUAGACCGAAAUCAUCUGUGUAUUCUGGAAGCUAUGAUCUCUCAGAAGGCAGCAUCCCUCUCCUUGAACCCAGCAGCAAGGAACCAGGUGGUAGCAGUCCAGCUUCAUUCAGCUCAACGUUCCAGAAGGCCCAAGAGCCAAAUAUUGACUUCGAACUUGACGUCAAGGUAUUCAUAAACAGUGGAAAGUGUGUGCUGCAUACCAAAGAUCCUGCUAAGGAAGAUGAACUAAAAGUAACUAGUCGGAUGAAGAAGGAGCGAAGCUGUUCUGGAGGAAUCUUUGAUUUUCCGCCAUCCAGCCCCAACACAAGCAGGCGUACUAAGGAAAGCAAGCAUGGUACUAGUUCUGCGUCACGACUUCGAUAUUUGCAUGGAAAUGUAGCUCAAUUGGUGGACCUAACCAUAUUCCAUAUUCCUGGUCUAGAUGUAAAGGUCCAUUACGAAUCAAAGACACUAACGGAGGAAAAUUUGUCCCCAAAAAUUCAAAGUGACAUGACACCUCCACAGCAGCAGCAGCAGCGUAAAGGUGGCAUAAAAAAAGCAAGCUUGUUUGCAUGGAUGACUCUGCAAAGCAUACCAGAAGAAACUAUCAUCAGCCCUCACAUACUUGAAUUUCUAGAACAAACUCUGGAGCCAAUUCCUUCCAAUCUCCAGCAUGCAAAAACUUCAGGUGGAGCAGCAAAUACGAUGUUCACAAUGGAUCAAGAUUCCACUUGGGCAGCAGCUACUGCAACUGGAAAUUAUGUGUACGCAUCAUUUCCUGUUGAUGUGAUUGUGUAUUUCCAUAUGCAACCAUCGACAUUCCGAUUUUCUUGCUUACCUGUUUCACGAGUGGAAUGCAUGCUACAACUCCCAUCAUUGGACAUUGUCUUCUCCUCGAAACGUGCUGAAGAGGAACUGCAAAGCGAGUUUGGGGAAGCAAGGAUGUCAGGCAAAUCAUCUCUUUUUGACUCAUCUGCACCUUCUUCUGCUGUGGGAGGACUAAGUGUAACAGGAUGUUUAGCAGACUUUUCUGUGUAUAUAUUUCAUCCAUAUGGAGGUGGAAAAAAGUCAGGUUUGAAAGAGGCACAGUGGUCUCCUUUAGCUGACAGUGAACGCAAAGAUUCGCUGAGUGUGAAUGUAGAAUUUGUUAAGUUCCAUCUUUCACGCAGCCGAAAGCUCAACUUCCAGUUAGAGCAACAAAGCAAAUUCCCAAAGAGUUCAGAUCAAAGCCAAGCAGUUAUCAGAUUUUCAACAAUAAUAGAUAUUGGUUCUGCAUCAUUCAAAUACGAUAUGCGUCGCCUUACUGAGAUUCUUGCCUUCCCAAAGGCAUGGUACAGACGAAGUAUAGUUCGAAGACUUUUCCUUGGUGAUCUGAGCAUAAGUGCCACAUAUAGUGAGGGUGAGGAAUCUUCACCUUCCAGCCUUGAUGGUGACCCUCUAGCGACUCCUCAGCCUCAGGUGAAAAGUGCCAAUGUAUUUGACCCUAGUGGCAGGCACAAUGCUGAAGUACACGGACUUUCGAGAUCUGCCCCAACAAAUGAAAAAAGUCCAAUGCUGUCUACAAGAGAGAAGUUGCGUUUAAGUUUGGAGACUGAUAUAUCAAGACAAGCAAAGAGUAAAGAGGCAGGCAUUGUUCAUGCAAAAUCUGACUCUCCAAGUCCAUCUGACCAAAAACAAGGAGCUGCUUGGGAAACACUUGUAUUAUUUGCUGUGAACUUCACCAAACUUAAUGUCCAUAUGAACAUGGGGAAUGUAAUGGGCAAUGUAAUGUGGCUAACCAAAGAUUUUAAAUCAGAGGGACGUCUGUCAAUUGGAAGUAAUGGGCACAAAAACAUGUAUAUUGGGUUUGGACUUGGCGGUUCCAGUCUGGAUGCCAAAGGAGGAAUUGUAGGUGGUACAAUAGAGCUGAGUAAAAUUGAUACAUACAUACACAUAAGAGAAGAUCCAGGAACAGAACCAGACCACACAAUAGGCCUGAAGCUGUUUGCGCUGGAACUGCGUCUAGAUUAUAUGGGAACCGGUAUUCUCAUGUCGAGAGUGAGCUCUCUUACAGUAUCAUUGCGGGAUGAAUGGAAACUGAACCACAGCAGAAAAACAGAGGCAUUUAGUCCAACACGCAGACCUGCAAUGAUUUUCAUGCAUGGGGAUCUCGGUUGGGAUCAGCUGCAGCUCAUGAUUUCCAAGUCAACAACAGCAGACUUGCUCAAGAUGUUCUAUAAACUAGAAGAAUUCUUUUCACAACAGUUCAAGAGCAGUAAACGGGUGUUCUCAAGCCUGCAGCCUCGGAACACAAGGGCCAGCAGCUUUAAGCGAAAGCAGCAACAACCUCUUCAGCCGGCAAGUGCUAGCAAGAGGAGAGCCACAGCCAUACCUGAAGCAAGUGUCCCAUGGGAGGAUGCAAGGCACCACCGUCACUGGCAGCGAGUCCUUUCUCAGGUGGCAGGCCUGCACUUGUCAACACUGAGCUUCCCACUCCCAUCAUCAGGCACUGUGCUAGGUGGUACUAUGGAGCUACAUGGCAGCAACAUCUCACUCGCCUGCUUUCACGGGAUAAACUUCAAGUCAAAGUCAUGGGCACUGUUCUCCCUCAAAGAACCCUGCAUCUCUUUUGCCACUGAGGCUCAGGAAGUACCUUCAACAGAUGGUAGUGAACACCAACGUUUGGAUGUCCACGUUGUACAAACACUAACAUUCAGUUUAGGCAUGACAACUGAGCAACCUCACGCCCAACAUCUCAGCAUGGCAACAAUAUGCCGCGUCAGUCGAAAUGUACUGUUUCCUCCCCAGUUUCGAACACUUCAGGAAUGGUUUCAUUAUGCAUUUGCAUGCAGUGAAAUUGAUGCUGUGGAUCGAUUUCCAAGUUUGGAGCGUGAGAAAGAAGCAACUGAGCAGCAAAGAGCACGUAGUACCAGCAGCAGCAAACUACAGGAUCAUAAUCAUACGAGGGAGGUGAUUUUUGCUUUGCCAUCCAUGCAACUUCAUCUCAAGACUGAGCACCUCCAGUCAGCAAGGACACCAGAUCUUUCAGGACAAAAGCCAUUAGUCGAAUGCAGUUUCAUUACUGAGUUUGAAGAUCACAUUUUUGUUACUGUGGAUGCAGAUGCUUUCUUUUUUCUCCAUGAUCUCAUCACAUCAUACAUGAAAGAGAAGGAGAAAGUGAGUGGCCUUAGAGCACACAGUCCAGAGCAUGAGAGGCGAACAAACAGUUCUUUCAGUGAAGAAGAAAGAAAGCGCAAAGCAUUCGAUCCAGCAGAGAUGUUUACAAAAGACUGGAGAAAUUACCACUGCAAGACAUGGCAUUUGGAACCCACUGUGAGGCUUCUCUCGUGGGCGGGUAAAAGCAUAGAACCAUACGGAGUGGAUUACAUUCUGCAGAAACUGGGAUUCUCGCAUGCUCGUACUACAAUACCUAAAUGGGUGCAGCGUGGAUUUAUGGACCCUCUUGACAAAGUUCUGGCUGUCCUUAUGUUGCGGAUGGUGUCAGUUGUCCGAGGAGGUGAAUCUGGAGCGGGUGAUGAACAAUUACACAGAAGAUUAACUGAUAAAUAAACAUGUUAUGUAAAGCUACAUAAUAUUGUCAGAGUCUAACAUUGUUUGAUAAAUUUCAGUAUUCUUUAUAACACCUGACAUCACAUUUGAGCUGUUGUGUAUAGCAUUACUUGUAGCUGAAAUAUGUGUACUUUAUGUAUAUAAUUCCAUUGCCAUUUACUGUAUUUUCAUGACUGAGCCUUUUCAUAAAUGUAAAUUAGUUUAUUAGUAUGUUUUUAUUUCUCUGUUGUCAUAGUGACACUACACUUUUCUUUGGUCAUGAAAUCCUGAUAUCAGUAUUGAAAUCAAAACUUGUAUAUGGCACAAGUAUUUCAUGUAUAUCUUUGUGUGUAUGAGAAAGAGAGGGAGGAAGAGGGAAAAUGUGUUGUAAGUGUACUCUGUAAAGGAGAAUGUUCGCUGAAAAGUAUUGCUCUGCUAUGUGGUCUAAUUGCUCUACCUUUAAUUUUCAUAUCUUGUAUAUAAUUUUAUGAUAUUUAGAGAGAUGAAACAACCAGUAAACUUAAUAAUAACAAAAGUUUAUGUAAAUAUUGCCGUGUACAUUUUUUUUAAAUUUAAUGAUUAAUCUCAGACAUUUGCAGUCAGAUUUUUGUUACUGCCUAGUUCUACUUGUUAAAUCCCACUUUUAUUUGCUUAAAUGUAAGAAUAAUCUAGAGCACACCUUUCUUUCAGUUAGUUCCAAAUCUUUGACUAGCUUUUUCUCAUUUAUACUAGUAGUUAUAUAGAUGUAAGGUAAAUCAACAGUGAAACCCAUAGUUUCUGGUAGACCUUUAUGUGAUAGCAAUAAGAAAUUUUUUAACACUGUUUUUCAAUAUUUUGUUCAUUGUGUUGAUGUGUUUUUUAAUUAUUAGACUUAUCUAAUUUGUAUUGUUGAGUUUAAAUUCUAAGGAGAAAAAAAUAUAAAUUGUCACAAUUCAGUUUAUGUACAGUCGAAGGAUGUAUUUUAUGUCUCACCAGAGAAACUUUAUAUUCAAUGCAUUUGUGAGUUUAAAUGUCCAAGAAUGGCUAGAGGUACAUGUUUUCUCUGGUUAAUAGCAAAUUGUUGUUGGGAGGGUUAUGAAAAUAUUUGUUUCUUACCGUUUACUGUUGAUGAAUGCUUAUGUGUUUAUACUCUGCAAGCAAAUUUGGGUUGUUCUGUGAAGAACCUUAUGUAAGAUCAGUUACGUAUCUUUCCAUUUUUGCAAAUAGUUGAUCAUUGGCUCAGCAGUUGUCUGUUUCCAUCUAACCUAUAAUGACCAAGAGUUUGAUUUUCUAUUUUCAGCUGAAGUAGCGCUUUAGUAUUAAAGUAAAACAUUUGCCACAAACAUGUAUGUGUGAAACCUUUCAUAUAGUUGUCUUAAGAAGUAUAGUUACAUUGUUGACUUACAGUAUCACUGAACUAUGCAGCUUUUAAAAACAAAAGAUGCAGCUGUUCAUCAAUGUUUAAUGUUUUAUCUAGUCAUUUAUUUAGGUAUUGUGUGAAUGUUGAUGUGUGUUUAUUUUAAAGAUCAAGAGUUUUAUUAAUUGUUAUAGGAUGUUAAUGUGAACUAAUAUCACAUGCAAUUACAGUGUUAAGCUUUGGAAUAUAAAAGAAUUUUGUUAAUGGUGUUGACAUUUGCGUAAGGGUAUCUAAUUUCUUGGUCUUCUUUGAGAUCUAUACCAUUGUGACCUGUCUAUACCUUUGUGACCUGAUACGUAGAAAACACCACUUAAAUUUAUGAGUAUUCCACCUUUUUAGUGAACUGCAUCAUAAUAUGCUAAUAGGCUGAUAAUAAUAAACAUUCUAUAGUAUACAUUAUUGUAAUCAAAAUCAUAUCAGUGAUGAUAAUACUUUGUUACCACAUACUGCACUGCUAGGUCACAUCCAUCCAUCCUUUAGAGUUACAGUAUUAAUAAAAUAUUAAGCAGUGGGUAUCAGCUAUAAUCUGAUUUCAAUACAAAGGCAUAAGUCGGUUUAAAUUUUUCUAUAAAGUCCAGUGGUCAUACAUAUCGAGCAAUGGAUUCAUAACAGAAUUCAAAAUAUAGUUUCGUCUCAUCCUCUUCUGAUAUAUACUUGUUUUCAGCAGUUACUUAGUCACUUUUAAAUUCAUGUGAUUAUGGUUUCCAGUUUUUAUUCAAGAAAAUUUGGUGUACAUAAUAUUGUGCUCGUAUGUGUGGCAGAAGGGGUUGAGAGUAAUACCCAAAGUAUUUGAGUUCUGUAAUGAAUGUUUUGGCUUUUAUUCAUUCCAGUCAUCAAAGCAUUCACAAAUUUCAGUUAUUAAGUAUUUACCUCUUCUAUUCAAAGACCCUAAGUAAUUCUUUUUGAAACUACUGCAGUAGAACAUUCAAAGGACUGUUGUUUCAGCUUACUAAUAAAAUAAAUGUUACUUCCAUGCGCCAUGUAACUGAUUUGUGAGAAAUGUGACCAUUCCAGAGAUACAAUAAUCUCAGACCUGAAUGUGAAGCCUUAUAUUUCAUUAGAAACUAAUGUCGACCAUAAGAAUAAAUCCUGACCUUUUUCCUCAAUGAAUAUCAUGUCAGUAGCAACAAAGCAUGAUCUUUUUUUAUGAAAUUAAUAAAUAUAUUUGAUGUGAUACUUCUAAGGAGCCUCUAGUUGAAGAGUUUUCAUGUGGUUUGGCAUAACUGCAACCUAUAUGUAAGAAAACUUCAUUACCAUGUUGUAUUGUAAAUAACUGGAUAUUCAUUCCAAAGGCCCCAUUUUCCAUCCUUCUCAGCAGUAGAAUGAUGGUGAAACUGCUACUCUAUUAACAAGCUACAUUCUUUGUGCAGUUUUUUUUUUUUUUUUUUUAAAGAAAGUAUUGAUUUGUGCCUCCUGAGUAUUAAUAAGUGCUCUGUUGUUUUCAUAGUAUUGUUGCUUGUUAAGGGAGCCAUUUUUAUUUUUGAUUGUUAAGAAAAUACCAAUAAAGCAAAUGCUUAUUAUUUGUUAUUUAACAGAUUUAAUUAACUCUUUCAAUAGUUCCUUUUGUGCAGCUAUCCAGUUAUGUAUUGGUGUUUCCUCUCCUUUUCGUUAUACAGUAAUAGUUGCAAUAAAGU